GUGAUCUGAUCUUGACCAUGAGUUUAUUAUAUGGGGUAAUUGCAAACGACGCUACAACUACACUGCAGUCAACCUGUGAAAUUCUAUUCAUUCAAUUAAUUUAGUCGCCGUUAGUGUUUCAUCAAGUGUAGGUCUGAUUAUUUACUAACGUCUGCACAGUUCGCAAAGGAACGAUGAAGUCUAUUGGGUUGUCUGAAGUACUUUAUCCCAUCUCAAUCGUGUCAUUUGUGGCACAAGUGGCAGCGCAUCAUUUUAAAGUUGGCGAGAAUCUAAUUUAUGGUCAGGUCAAAGAGAAUGGUGCGUACCUGAUUGAAGGCAGAACUGAUCUACUCAUCUUUCAUCCGAAUAAAAACUCUGUGGUGAAUGGAAUGAAUUUUCAAAUUUCAUCUGGACGAAAUCUAAGUGUCGAAGCCGUCGUUUUUAAUGAGAAUUAUAGCAAAGAACGAAUGAAAGCGAUAAACUUUCUGCCCGUAAAAGUGGAUGACAUUUUUCCGAAUUUGAUUUUCUACGGUGUGUAUCGUUGUGCUGUUCAGAUUGUUACAAGGCAAAACUUCAAGAAUUUACAAAAAUUGCUGGCAUUGGACCUGGUUGUCAACAAUAUUAAAACACUCGACGAAGAUUCGUUCGAUGAUUUAACGAAUUUGAAAUCUGUUAAUUUGUUCCGCAACAAAAUCGAAAUUUUGCCGGACAAAAUUUUCCAAAAUCUGCACGAAUUAAGAUCGGUCGCACUAGGUGGCAAUCCGAUAGUUGCAUUGAACGAUGAACAUUUUAAAAAUAACAAAAAAUUGGAAUACUUCUCCAUACGGCAGAGUCGAAUUAAGUUCUUAAGUCCGACAAUGUUUGACGAGAUAAGAACGUUGCGGAGAGUUGAUCUAUCUGGAAAUGUGUGCAUCGAUAAGGAAUAUGGUACCAUUGUCACAAUCGAACAUGAAAGCAAUUCUUUGAAAUAUGUUAAAUUUACGGAAUUUAGUGAACAUUUGGAUAGAUUCAAAAGCUAUGUAACUGCAAACUGUUCGUACAAACUUUAAUAAAUUGGUUCGUCUUCAUG